AGGAGCAGCAGCCGCCCAAGCAGCCGAACAGCCGGAGCCAUGAACGUCCUGAGCAUCGCCCUCGUUCUCUGUGCCGCUCUGGCCAGUGCUAUGGCUGGCGGAGUGCUUGGCGGAUAUGGCCUCGGCUACGGUCUUGGAGGCGCCGGCCUCGGCCUUGGAGGAGGCUACGGACUUGGUUAUGGCGGCUACGGUCUCGGAUAUGGCGGUGGAUACGGCCUGGGUGGUGUCGGUGUCGGUAGCAGCGUUGCCCUCUUGAGCGGAGGACCUGCGUUCGCCAAGGCCGUGGCUGGACCGGCCUUCCUGGUGAGGACGGUGCACCACGUCAACAAGGUCAGCGGCGGGGGAGCCCUCCUCGCCCACUCUGGUCUCGGAGGAGGAUACGGCGCAGGAUACGGGGGCCUCGGCUACGGUGGUCUCGGAUACGGUGGUCUCGGAUACGGCGGUUAUGGUGGAUACGGAUACGGCGGCUACGGCUACAAGGGCUGA